UGAUACUUCACGGGCAUAUCCUUUCGAUCAACUCAGCCGUGUUCAGCCUCACUAGCCCUUCCUCGACAACUAAAGGCAGCGGCUACCUAGUAGAUUGAGCACGAGUCAUGACUAACUUAGACCGCCUUUCGACUCCAGCGCCUCGACCUCUAUAACGCCCGUCAGCCCCUCCCCUAACGGCAUCUUCAUCAUCAUCUCCUUCGUAUCUUCCCAUCCUGUCUCACGUUGCUCUUGAGCUCCCCUUACCUCGGGCACUUUCCGAGGCAGCAUCUUAACACCAUGGACAUCAAGCAGCAGCCGCCAGGCUACGAGCUAGACGUUAUUGGCUCUACGACCCAUCCCAAAGACGUGCCCGUCCAACUUGAUCGAGGCCACGCAUCCGGGACUAUGGCUGAUCCGGAAUCUCAGGUCAAACAUCGAAGCAAAUUCCGAAUCACCAUGAUCCUCAUCGCGCUGUAUCUAUCUCUCUUCGUCGCUGCACUGGACGCUACGAUUGUUGCAACUGCUCUGCCGAAAAUGACCGCCGACCUCCACUCAGCAGCUGGCUACAUCUGGAUUGGAGGCGCCUUUCUCAUUGCCAACGCCGCUGCUGCUCCUAUCUGGGUCAAGUUGUCUGACAUAUGGGGCCGAAAACCCAUCUUCCUUGCAGCUCUGGUCCUCUUCUUUGCCAGCUCCAUCAUUUGUGCUGCUGCGGUGGACAUGGAGAUGCUUAUCAUUGGCCGCACCUUCCAAGGCACGGCUGGCGGAGGCCUUAUUUGCAUGGUCAACGUCGGUAUUUCAGAUCUUUUCAGUGUCCGCGAGAGAAGCUUGUGGCUCGGCCUUUGCGAAGGUAUCUGGGCUUUCAGUGGAGCGGUGGGACCUCUUCUCGGCGGUGUCUUUGCUCAAUCCGCGAGCUGGCGUUGGUGCUUUUGGUGCAAUCUGCCAAUCUCCGGAAUAGCUUUUGUGCUAAUUGUCUUGUUCCUCGACGUCCACAAUCCGCGCACCCCGGCCAUGCAAGGUAUCAAAGCAGUCGACUGGUUUGGCUGUGUUUCGAUCAUAGGAGUAACGGUUAUGCUACUCCUAGGUCUAGACCUUGGUGGAUCGGUCUAUCCGUGGGGUUCUGCAAAAGUCAUCUGUCUGAUUGUCUUUGGUGCUCUGAUGAUAGGUGUGUUCAUCUACAGCGAGAAGCGAUUAGCCAAAUAUCCAGUCAUACCGUUGUCGCUCUUCGGGACCAGGAACGUCGCCACGCUUCUGGUCACCUUCUUCCACGGCAUGGUCUUCAUGGCUGCAGAGUAUUACCUGCCACUUUACUUCCAGAGCGUCAAGGAAGCAUCGCCUCUAAAGUCCGGCUACCUCCUGGUCCCUUUGAUUGUUGCUACCGCGGGCACUGGCGUGCUCAAUGGUGUAUUCAUCCACCGUACGGGCCAAUAUCGACCCUCGCUCUGGAUCGGCCCAGUAUUGUUGACCUUGGGCACCGGUCUGUAUCUGAUGCUAGAUGCCGAUACAAGCAUUCGAAUGAUCAUUGGCUUUGAGAUUGUUGGAGGAAUUGGCUCGGGCCUUCUGUUUGAGCCUCCUCUGAUUGCGAUUCAGCAAGGCGUGGACCAAGAUAAUGUUGGCACCGCCACUUCAACGCAAAGUUUCAUUCGAAGCAUGGCUCUUUCUUUGAGUGUAAUUCUCGGUGGCAUCGUUUUCCAACAAAGCAUGGAUCUCCGCCAGGAUGACCUGAUCGCAGCUGGUUUGUCAUCGUCCACCGUGGAAGCACUUUCAGGGAAGAAUGCCGGGGCCAACGUCGAUGUCGGACGCAGUCUCCCACGAGCACAAGAGCUCGCCGUUAAAGAUGCCUUUGCCUGGAGCAUCCGAAACAUGUUCAUAAUGUUCACGGCUCUUGGAGCCCUCGGCAUUGUGGCAAGUCUUUUCGUCAAGAAUACGAAGCUCUCGAAGGAGCAUAGGGAGACUAUUACUGGACUCAAAAACGAGGAGACGGCACCUUGAACCAGAACUGUCAAAAUGGUACGUCCAUGCUGAGCAUCUUCGCAUCCCAACAUGCGGUCCGCUUGACUUGGAAAUUACGGCGAUGUCGGGCUUGAAAUUCAACAACGGGCUUGGGGGACCCUGCCACAGGUCUUUGAUCCCAGGUGCUCCUCAUACGACAUCCUGUCCGGUGAUGCUUAAGCACCGUCACAAACAGCACUCCCUCUUUUGGAGAUUGAGCUUCGGGCUCUUGGUGAUGCUUAAGCACCGUUAACAACAGCACUCGAUCACUUCAGACACUGAUAUAUGAACCAUGUACAGAUGUCCAUGGGCACAUGGUGAGCUUCCCACCGUCAAAAACCAGCGUCUUGUCAUAUAGUUUCACUUAGUCCAGCAUGUCGUCCGACUUUAGACACUGGUCCGCUUUCGCUUCACACCGAUAUCUACAGCGCACUCGUGCCUAAAUACGGCACAGUCAAUGAUAUUGUUAUUAUCCAAAUACCGCCACGCUGGUACCAUGACUCUGUGUCAAGGAGAUUCUAGUUUCACGAAGGUCGAACAUUCUAGGACCUGCUUGGGCGUCUUUGAAGACUGUGUGAAGGUGACAUUUUCGAUAUGGGAACGUGUAUAGAAACUGUGUUGUGAGCAGUAUCACACAUACUGUAGGUGGUAGGGGAUAUUUCUGGCCUAAACCUGUGUGCGACUUUCACGGGCGACCACAACGUAGGCGGCUGCUCUGGGCGGCGGCCGCUACUGCUGGGGGCGGCACAGGGCCGGCCCGGAACCAGGC